AUGAAUUUUAACGAGGAGGAUUGGUUCGCUUAUUCAAUUAGACUCGGGUUCAUUAAGGAGUUUAGUUAUUGUGCAUUUGAAAGUACAAGAAAAUCAUCAACUCCAUCAGGAAAUCAUUUCAUGGUACUUCAAUAUGUCGGCGAAGAACAUCUCCAAAAAUAUCUGAGUACAAAUUUUAAAUAUCUGAGCUGGGAUACUAAGAUAGCGAUGGCAAAAGAUAUUGCCAAAGGAUUAGAUCAUAUUCAUAGUUCUGAUAUUGUUCACGGAAAUUUAGCGGAAAUUCGUCAGGUCUAG